UUAUCUCGAAAAAGACUUUUUUCAGAUUAAUUGAGAUUACCGUGGUUAGAAGGCAAGAGCAUCGAAAUUCGAAAUCUCCUUUUUUUUCUGAAAAUUUUUGUACGAAAGUCGUAAUAGUAGCCCCCCCCAUAAUACAAGCCCCCCCUAAAAGUUUUGAACGCUUGGACAGUUUAGAAGCCCCGGAGGCUUUUAUUAUGGGGGGGGGGGUUUAUGGCAUUUCUGGAUUAUUUAAAAGUGGAAGGAACGCAAUACUUGGAAAGUCUUAUUUUCUCCUCUCUCUCUCUUCCGAUGUAAUAAUAUUGGUCAAAUUUAUUUAGGUCCCACUGGAUCUCGGAAAACUUCUUUGCUAGAUAUUUUGGCCGACAGAAAAGAUCGACAAUGUUUAACUGGAAAGGUACUUAUUGAUGGGGAGCCACAAUUAAAUGAUUCCGAAUAUCGCAUCGGUUAUGUUGUUCAAGAUAAUAUUCUCAGUGGCACUUUAACUGUACGUGAGAAUUUAACAUUUUCAGCAAAUUUGCGUUCAUCAAAUUUAGUAGCACAAGAAGAAAAACGAAAUAUUGUUAAUCAAGUCAUAUGUCAAUUAAGAUUAAAUGAAUGUGCUGAUUCACUAGUCGGAACACAGUUUACUCGGGGAUUAUCUGGAGGAGAAUGUAAACGAACGAAUAUUGGAAUGGAAUUAGUUUUUUCGCCCAUGAUUAUCCUUUUGGACGAACCAACCAGUGGUGAGCUUCUGUUUUCUUGCUAUUUAGCAUAUGAACUCGAAAAAUAUCAUUCCGAUAUUUGGUGA